CAUCGUAUUUAUGUACGCGGGGCCAUAAAAGCGAAAUAUCUUGAAGAGUUAUUACAAAGAGAAAUUAUUAAUUUAGAAGAACCUUCUUCAGAAUGUCCUAAGUUUGAGAAUUUAGAACCUGAAGCAAUUAACUGGGCAUUCCAUGGAAAGACCUCAUCACCGGAUAAUCGUUUUUCGUGUGCGUUAAAUAAUGUCUUGUGUUUACAAAAGUGGCUUCUAAAAGAACGUUUGAAUACAGAAUCUUUUUUCAUCACGUUUAGAUUUGUCAGCAAAUUCUCAGCUGUAACAACUCUUAAAGAGUGUAUUGUUUGCUCGUACGCUCAUUAUAUUCAAGUUAGUGUUAAAAGACACAUUAUUAUCACAGUUAAUAUGUGCUAUCCUAAAAUGAAAGAAGUGAUUUUUAAAGAUGAGUCUGGGAUAUUACCGAUAAUCGAAGUGCGUGAAGAGGAUUUAACGGCCUUUCGGACUUUUUGGCCUCAUGAUCCUCUUUUC